AAUGACAAUCCGAUAUUAUUCCAAGGAUAAUUCAUAAUCGUUAUUUCAUCUCAUAUUCAUUAUAUUCAUUUAUAGACGUAUAUUUAUAUGAUUAGUUGUUUUGAUUCGCAAGAGAAACAACAAAGGUAAACCUUGGGUUAAAAAAGAGGAAACGAAAUAAAAAAAGAAAGCAUGAUAAAUACAAAUGUUAAAAUAAUGUGUUUGAAAAGGGACAAAUGUCUAUAAAAAAAGAAAGUAGAAAUAAUAUAAUGUUUCAUUGAUAUGUUAAUAAUUAUGUCACGCAUCACGCAACAAUUAUAAAAUCGCAUGUAAACAUGUUUUGUUAAACGUCGGUAGAAUUCGGGCGAAAUAAUGCAAGAAUUGAAAGUUUUAUGAUAGAAACGUGAUAACUACCAAGAUAUAAAAGAUGAGCCGGCCAAAAUGGGACGUGAUGUGGUGCCCUUUUUAUUCGGACAGAUUUAUCACGUGGGAUAAUGAUGCAGUGUUAAGUCUCUACGAAAUUGGACCGCGUGAUAAUAGCAUGCGAGACAGCGAUCACAUCUAUUUACAAAUUUCGGAGCACUCCAUCGCUGAACUUGUCUCAUCUGUUACCAUUAAUAGCUAUGCAAAGUGUGUUGACAUAUAUCCGCAACCAGAGCCAGAUAUUGUAGCGAGUGGUCAUGCAAAUGGAAAGAUAGUUCUCAGUACACUUAGCCCCCCAGAAUUUGAUUACCAAGGACUUGUUGGAAGAGAAUUUUUUCCAAAAUAUAUGCGAACAUGCAAUGUUGUUGCAUGGAAUCCUGUAGAUACUCAUCUGAUUAUGUCGGGCUUGGAUAAACAUAGUAAAGAGCACUCUGUAUUGCUCUGGGAUGUACAGCAUUAUCCGAAAGGCUCCGAACGACCGAUAGCAGAAGCAGGCAUAUCAGAAAAUGUACACUCCGCUGCUUGGUUUAAACAUGACUCAAGAUGUUUGGCUUUUGGUGCUAAUAACAAGCAAUUAAAAGUUGUUGACUUUAGAGAUUCUGCAAAAGUGGUGAAUGUCACUUCCACAAAGGCAGUAUAUAAUCUGUCGGUAAAUCCCCAUAAUAAUUAUCAGCUACUCUCACAUGUCGACAAUUUAAUCACAAUUUGGGAUACUCGAUAUUUCGAAAAACCAAUUGUUACUAUAGUACCACAAAGGCAAGUUACAAAAGUGCUGUGGUGUCCUACUAGACGCAAUUUAAUUGGCACGUUACAUAAAGACUCAGCGGGAUUGCAUUUAUUCGAUAUCCAGUACUGUGGAACAGAGGAUACUGAACCAGGUGUUCUGGAAAGAGUGGUUUUGCCAUCAUGGCAUAGUCCUAUAAGCUUUUCAUGGCAUCUUACUGAUGAGAAUCGAUUGUUGGCGAUAUCACUGCAAGGAGUAACUGAUUACACUGUAUGUGAAAGAAUAACACUCAACUGGUCUGCUCGAUCGUGUCUUAUGUGGAAUUAUGCUUUUAAAUCAUUCAAAUAUAUAAACAGUGAAGAUAACAUUUAUAAGGAAUUGAAUGAUAUCUCUGUUUUAACUAAAAGACGUGCUAUGCUCGAAUAUGGCUUGCUUACAGAUUUAGCGCAAAAUGGAGACAUAGCCGAAAAUGAAACUCUGAAGAAUUUGUGGCAAUGGUUAUACUUGAGUCGCUCUUUAGUUGAAGACAAUACUCUUCAAAGCUUCGAUAAUAAUCAAUAUCCUGGUGUGAGAACAAUUUUGAAAUUGGAUAGUCAGCAAAACUUAAGUAACGGUUUCUUAAAGUCGGAAGUCAUUCAUCGUUCUUGGGCAGAUAUAGGUUCGAAUUAUGCAACAAAGAUUUAUAGAUCGCCGGACAGAGAAAAGAGUCUUUAUCUUUGCGGAUUGCGAUUUGACAAGGAGACUAAUACUGCAUAUGAUAACACAUAUUUGGAGAAAUUGGAAAGGGAAGGUGCAUACGCGAAAGCAGCGGCAUUCGCAGUAUUUAAUCUAUGCCUAAGACAGGCUAUAGAUAUUUUGAAUAGAGGUGCUAGCAAAAAACAAACGACCAUUCUGAAUAUGGUAGCUAUGGCAUUAUCGGGUUUCUCCGAGGAACGCACCACGUUGUGGAGGGAAUCUUGUCAGAAAUCUAGAUCUCAAUUAUCGGAUCCUUAUCUAAGAGCAACAUUCGGUUUCUUGACAGCAGAUAAUGAUUCCUAUGAAAGUGUACUUAACGAAAAUGGUAUGGCUGUCGCAGAUAGAGUAGCAUUUGCUCUUAUAUUUUUAUCUGAUAAUAAACUGUACGAAUAUUUGAAAAAAUUAACUCAGAAGUUAAUCGAAGAAGGAGAUCUAGCAGGUUUUUUGCUUACAGGGGCAAAUAUGGAAAGUAUACAAUUAUUAAAUAAAUAUUUGGAGAUCACAUCGGAUGUUCAGAGUUGUGCUUUAAUUGCUAUCAGAGCUUUUGCACCCAAGUUACUUCAAGAGAAUCAAGUUCAAGUGUGGAUUACUAAUUAUAGACAUCUUUUGAAUGCAUGGAAAUUGUGGUUUCAAAGAGCUAGAUUUGACAUUGCUAUGAGAUCCUCGACACCACAGGAAAGACCACCGCAACAGAUACACAUUUCUUGUAAUUUCUGUGGUAAGAGUAUAUCUGCUUUCAUGCAAGGAUUGAGUAGGACAAGAGUUCCAUUUGGCAGAUUAGGUGGUACGCCUAAUAAAUUAAAAAUGACGGCGUGCCCAAAUUGUCGCAAACCUUUGCCACGUUGCGCGAUUUGUUUGAUGCAUAUGGGCACUGUCAGUGGAUUACAAACCGCCCCUAGUCCCGGUGGCAGUAGAAGCGAAGAAUGUGAUAGCAAACUUACAGAAUUCAAUAGCUGGUUCACAUGGUGCCUAACAUGUAAACAUGGUGGACACAGCGAGCACAUUGCCCAGUGGUUUCGACAACAUACUGAAUGUCCAGUGACAUCUUGCAACUGUCGCUGUUCGUCUUUAGAUUAUACACGUAAUGCGACUAUGUCAUAAGAUUCCUGGUAUGUUCAUCAAAUUUAGUUGGAUCAAUUUUAUGUACAGACAGAAGACAGCGUGUUUAAAUAAUUAUCUUUAUGGCAUUUCCAGUUUAGAAAAAGAAUAUAUGCCAUAAUAGGUAAUAAAAUGUAAAAAGUAUGCAACAAUAAACAAUUUGCAUAUAUUAUCAA